AUGGACUCCACAGUGACUUUCCUGAUCUCCAUUGGACUAUGCCUGCGCUGGAAGACUAUGGCAGAGAUGGAUGCCCUUUUCAGGCCGGCCCUUUGGGCUGACCCAAGUCCUGUGGUACCUGAAGGAGCGAAUGUGACCCUCAGGUGCCAGGGCCGACUGGGGAGUGACAGAUUCCAGCUCUGGAUGGAUGGAGAGCUCAGAGAGGAGAGAAAUGACUCGUGGUCACAGGCAGACUUUGUGCUCAGGGAAGUGAAUUACCUCAAUGAUGCAAAAAGCUACAGGUGCCGCUCUGGGCAGGGAUCCUUGUGGUCAGAGCUCAGUGACCCCCUGAUCCUUGUGGUGACAGGCUUCCCCAAUCCCAGCAUUUCAUCUUCACAUGGCUUCCCAGUAUCUCCAGCAACAACAGUGACCAUCUGGUGCAAAAUGUCAUCACUAUCAUCCUCUCAAGACUACAUUUUUGCCCUCCUGGAGGCAAAGAGCCUGGAGCCCUUGCAGCUGCAAAGUCCUACAGAGAGCCAAGCUGCUUUCUCACUUCCAUCUGUGAAGGCUGAGGACACUGGAAGCUACAGUUGUAUUUACUACAGGAAGACACCCCCCUACAGAGGGUCGAAGCCCAGCCUGGCUCUGGAGCUGACUGUAUCUGGUGACUAGCGAUGGACACAUCCUAAGUGUCCAAUUCCAUCCGCAACAUAGGGGGGCCCAUAGAGCAUAUAACACAGAUUGUUGAGGGAAGAUUUGGGGGAGGGGAGACUCUGGUCCUCUAUCUUGUUUGAUAUGGACUCAGCUUUGGGCCUCAAGAUAAUGUGGUUGGUCCCAGCUAAGAAAGUGGGAAAAGAGGCUAAAUUUCUGCUAUACCUUCCAUUGGGCAAUAAAAAGAGGGUGCCUAGAAAUGACAUAGGACCUUGACAACUAUCACCCCUUUCUCCUCAGGACCACUCCCCAAGCCUACUCUCUGGGCCAAAGCUGACCUUGUGGUGGCCCCAG